UGAACCAGCCACACCAGAAGAAGCACGUACGACGUCGUUGGCAAAGAUUUUAUCCCAACAUCACUUCCUGAAUCAUCCUAAAAUAAAAUAAAAUCAUCACACCCCUCCCUGUUCUAAAUCGUGGAUCGGAGACCGGUUUUCUCAUUCUCGAUGGAUUCUAAAAAACCCCAAUUUUUCUCCGUCAUCUUCCUUAUUGUUUCAUCAAUUUUGUGCUCACAAUCUAGGGCCGGUGGAACCGGUUCGGUUUAUUUCCUUGAUAGCUCAACUCACAACUAUUUCCAAUCUCGCUCAUCUGAGUCCAAAUUAAUCUCGAUUCCAGAAGUAGGCGCAGCUGUUUCAGUCUUGCUCGGUUAUGCACCUCCUUCUUCAUUGUCAUCUGCCAGCUCAGAAAAGUUAAAUGAGGUGCUUAGGGCCAACCCCUUUAAUAGGCCUCAUGCUGUUUUCUUGCUAGAGAUCAGUGGGUUCGGAGUAGAUAAGCAGCCUGAGCUUGGUUCAGACAGCGAUGUUUUCAGCAAGGCUCUUAAGAGUGAAAUUGCUGCCGGAGAUGCCGACAUUCAGCUAUCAGAUGAGGAUGAGUUAUCUCUAAUCUCUUUAAACGAACCCCAGCCUGUGGAUAUGGAAUGCACCGACACAGAUAUAACCAAAUUUGCUUCAUGGUUCGGCGGAUCAUACGUUAAAAAUGAACUGGAAUCAUUGACCGGAGAAUUGACUAUCCCAAUGGCAAAUGAUGCUCAAAUAAAGCUAGAUAUGUCAAAGAAAGCAGACAGAAAGUUUAUAACGAGCAUCAUCUCUCUUAUCCACAAUGUUGAGAGGGCGAUACAAGUGCAUGAAGAUUUAGUUGGAAGUGUUCCCACUCCAGCAGAAUUGCUCAACGGAAGAUUUGAUGGUUUUAAGGCUUUUCAAGAGCAAUAUGGAACCGAUGAAGUUGUUCAGAAGGGUGCUGAACUGCUAGUGACCGUGGUAUCCAAGAUAUACGACACCUUGCAAACAACAUACAAAGGUGAAAUUGUCGGAAUUGUUGUUUUCACCAAGUCUCCUGCUAAAGAGACGCUAAACAUAAAGUUGGCGACAAGAGCAUCUCCUAGGUGGUUAGAGGAGGAAAAGGAAGCUUCCGGUGAUGCGGCACGCAUUUUGAUUGCAGAGGUGCUUCUCGUUAGACGAACCCUUGCGUGGAUUACGGGCAUCAUUCUUAUUAUCGCCACUCUCAUGGGGGUAUGGUUCCUCAUGUAUAUGCCACUCACAAGGGACACCCUUUUGUAUUCAAACGUCAAGCUCGACUGAACGCGAUGGGAAUCACAAGUCGGUGUUUGUUUCUGUUUACUGUUUUCUGAUCGCGGUGAAACACGUUGAGGAGUUGAUAGCUAUUACAAACAGUGUGUCUAGUGAAUCGUGUUUGUAUAUUUGUUACAGUUUGCGGUGGUUUGAUGGUGGGGGAGGGGGUAGAAAUAAGAACACCACUACUUAUUUAUUAUUUGUUGCUUGCUUGCUUGCUUGCUGUUUUAGGCAUUCUGUUCUAUUUCUUGAAUAAUGAAUAUUCUAUUUUUUGAAUAAUAUGAGAAUAAGCCCAUCUAGAUCA